AUGAAUUUCCACUUAGAUUCAAAAGUCCGGUUAGUCUAUCCAAUCCAAGGCUUUCUUAAAGAAAACAAUUCUGACUCAACAAAACCGACGAUGAGAUGGUCCUUUGGAGAAUUUGUGGAUGGUGCCAUGUGUAGCAUUUCUUUAAAUCCAGUAAAAGCGGCAAAAUACGCUCAUCUUAAACAACAAGUGAAUCAAUGGAAUGUUUUUGUGUCACAUUUUCAGUGGUGCAUUGAAGAGAAUCUUAAAAUGGAUGAAAAUAAUGAGUUAGAAACGUUCAAAAAGUCUAAUACUGCAACAUCAGUCGAAUUAAGAGGCAUCAAAACUAUUUGCACACAAUGGGCACCAAAAAUUGAAGAUAUAAUGCCCAUCAUUUCACAUAUAGUUGAAUUUACCCUCAACCAUCAUCUUCAAUAUUUAGAAAUUACUCCGUUCGUCAACUAUGACGCCAGUGUUUGGAAAUUGAAUUGUCGAAUAAAAAAAAUAGUGAUAAUCCCCUUUCCUCAUAUAUUUUGCCUUCUCGUAGAAUGUAUUUUAAUGUAUAUUCAUUUGAAUGUACCUUUGGGCGAGGGGCGGUCUUCAAUUCAACCAAAAUAUGCUUCAGUAAACCCAGAAGUCAAUGCAACACAUGAAUUCAACAAUAGUGGAGAAAUGUUUUGCUCACCACAUAUCUCCCAUUAA